AUGCCCACGUAUGAUAACGUUGUCAUUUUUGGUGCUUCCGGUGCGGUGGGCUCUGCUGCUGCACUCAGAGCCCAUACUGAUGGAGCAAAGGUUUCGCUCGCAAUGCGCGAUACUUCCAAGUCAGUAACCAAUCUCCAUGGAUUUCCGUUCGAGAGGUUUCAAGCAGAUCUCACCCAGCCUGAUACUAUUAAGGCUGCAGUUUGCCGGACGGGAGCAAAGGCUGCCUUUAUCUACGCCGUAUUUGGAGCUCCAGACCAUAUGAGACCAGCUAUUCGGGCCCUCAAGGAGUCUGGAAUUGAGUUUGUUGUGUUUCUGAGCAGUUUCACCAUCAUGACUACAAUCCGUGCGGUGCCUUCGGCCGACGUGAUUGCCCAUCACCAUGCCCAAAUCGAGAUUGUUCUUGAAGAGGAACUAGGUCCUGAAUCUUUUGUUGCUGUUCGUCCUUCAUAUUUCGCCAGUAAUGUCCUUCAGCACAGUAUUGGUAUCAAGAAAGGAGAAGUGAGACUGCCAAAUCCGGAUGCCGUCUUUGAUUUCAUCUCGCCCAAUGAUAUCGGUACUGUGGCUGGUGCGCUUCUGACUAGUGGGCAACGGGUUCGAAUGGUUGGACUACUUGGGCCUGAAAGACUUUCACUACGGGACGCUAUCGGUAUCGUCGGUACGGCUCUAGGAAAGACAAUCACCGUGAUGGGAAUUUCAGAGGAUGAGGCUGUGACACAGAUGGUUAAAUCCGGCAUUUCCCCAUCUCUAGUCAAGUGGGUCGUCCAAAAUGUCGUGCAUCGCCCACAUUACUUUUUUGAGAAUCCGGAUGCAUCUACGGCGAUCGACAAUAUUCAAAAAUACUCUAGCAAUACGCCGGAGCGGUUCCAGCAGUGGGUGGAAAACAACAAAGAUAGAUUCUAA